CAAGACGAUGAGGAUGGGGAGGGGGAAGAUGAUGCCGAAGUCCAGCAAGAAUGCCUGAAGAAAUUUUCGACCCCUGACUAUAUAAUGGAGCCGUCUAUAUUUAACACGUUAAAGAGAUAUUUCCAAGCAGGAGGCUCUCCAGAGAAUGUUAUCCAGCUCCUCUCUGAAAACUACACUGCAGUGGCCCAGACUGUAAAUUUGCUGGCAGAGUGGCUCAUUCAGACAGGUGUUGAGCCACUGCAAGUUCAGGAGACUGUAGAAAACCACUUAAAGAGCUUACUUAUCAAGCAUUUUGACCCUCGGAAAGCAGAUUCCAUCUUUACAGAGGAGGGAGAGACUCCAGCCUGGCUUGAGCAAAUGAUAGCACAUACUACCUGGAGAGAUCUCUUCUACAAGUUGGCAGAAGCCCAUCCUGACUGUUUAAUGCUUAAUUUUACUGUGAAGCUUAUAUCUGAUGCUGGAUACCAAGGGGAAAUAACCAGUGUUUCAACAGCGUGUCAGCAACUAGAAGUAUUUUCCAGAGUCCUGCGUACAUCUCUGGCAACAAUUUUAGAUGGAGGAGAAGAAAACCUUGAAAAAAACCUCCCUGAGUUUGCUAAGAUGGUAUGCCAUGGGGAACACACUUACCUUUUUGCUCAAUCUAUGAUGUCCAUAUUGGCUCAAGAAGAACAAGGAGGGUCAGCUGUCAGACGGAUCGCUCAGGAGGUUCAGCGGUAUGCUCAUGAGAAAGGCCAUGAUGCCAGUCAGAUCACUUUAGCGUUGGGUACUGCAGCCUCCUAUCCUCGAGCUUGUCAGGCUCUUGGUGCUAUGUUGUCCAAAGGAGCUCUGAAUCCAGCAGACAUCACUGUCUUGUUCAAAAUGUUUACAAGCAUGGACCCACCUCCAGUGGAACUGAUUCGAGUACCUGCCUUUCUGGACCUCUUCAUGCAGUCACUGUUUAAGCCAGGUGCCAAGAUCAACCAGGACCACAAACAUAAAUACAUUCACAUACUGGCAUAUGCAGCUAGUGUAGUAGAGAUGUGGAAGAAGAAUAAGAGAGUCAGUAUAAACAAGGAUGAACUCAAGUCAACUUCAAAAGCCAUUGAAACUGUUCACAACCUGUGUUGCAAUGAGAACAAAGGAGCAUCAGAGUUGGUUGCAGAACUGAGCACUCUCUAUCAGUGCAUCAGGUUCCCAGUCGUGGCAAUGGGUGUAUUAAAGUGGGUGGAUUGGACAGUGUCAGAACCACGAUACUUCCAGCUGCAGACUGAUCACACUCCAGUUCAUCUGGCAUUAUUGGAUGAGAUCAGUACAUGCCAUCAGCUACUUCAUCCCCAAGUUCUACAACUUCUUGUCAAGCUCUUUGAAACAGAACAUUCGCAGCUUGAUGUAAUGGAGCAGCUGGAACUGAAGAAGACUCUCUUGGAUAGAAUGGUGCACUUACUCAGCCGAGGAUAUGUCCUACCUGUUGUUAGUUACAUCCGCAAAUGCCUGGAGAAGCUAGAUACAGAUAUCUCUCUCAUCAGAUACUUCGUUACGGAGAUACUUGAUGUGAUUGCUCCUCCAUAUACCUCAGACUUUGUACAGCUUUUUCUUCCAAUCUUGGAGAAUGAAAGUAUUGCAGGCACUAUUAAAACAGAAGGUGAACAUGACCCUGUGACUGAAUUUAUAGCUCAUUGUAAAUCUAACUUUAUUAUGAUGAACUAAACAGUGGAAAUCUGAAGAACACAGAGCACACGAUCACUGUUUUGCCAUACCCUCCACCAGAGAGGCUACAUAACUGGCCAACAGAGCAGCAAAAAACCCCAAACCAAGGAAGAAGGCUGAAGGGCAUUUGAUUGACUUGCCUGGUGACCUUGAGCUUCAUAUCAGAGGACUGUUAAUGUACUUUGGCAAAUGGAAAAAUAGUGAAGGCUUUUCUGUUAUAAUACAAAUCAGUAUAAAUCUGAAUGUUCUGAAAGGAGUAGCAGGAG